CUCAACAUUCUUUCUUUCUUCUUUUCUUUCUUUCUUUCUUUGUGUUAUCAUCAUCACUAUUCACUUAUCUCUCUUUCUCCCCUCUUUCCUUCCUAAAUCCCAACCCAAUAAAAGCGAACACACAGAGAAAUGGAAAAUCAGCCCUCCCCAAUUCUCAACUGGGCUUUUUUCUCCCAAGGAAAGAGCAUGGAUGAGCUGAGGCAGUGGCUAUUGCUGACAACAAUGGAGCUGGAGAACACAAGAGCAAGAGCCUAUGAGGAUCUGAGGAUGAGAGAAGCUCAGAUUCUUCAGCUCAAAGAAAUGCUCAACAGAGCGAUGAAGGAGAAGAGAGAUGCAGAGGAGAAAUGUCAACGCCUCUUCUACGAGAAGCGUCUUCUUCUUCAGAGCUCUGCUUCUCAUCCCCUGUCUUCCGGCGUUUCCACCGUCGACGACGAGCCCAGAAGCACCGCCGCCGCCGGGUUCUCCUCGGAUUCCGACGGGAGCAUGGUUUCUUCUCCGGCGGCGGUAGUGGAGUACCCGGUGGUCUUCGACAAGCCCUUGCCGGAGAAGGGUCGGUUCUUGCAGGCGGUGAUGAAGGCCGGGCCGCUUCUUCAGACGCUCUUGCUCGCCGGUCCCCUGCCCCAGUGGCGCCACCCUCCUCCGCCUAUGGACACGUUCCAGAUUCCAACUCCGCCGGUGAACUACCACAAUCCGCCGCCUGCGGCGGCGAUUUUCCCUGACUCGCAUCUUCAUCUCCAUCACCAAGAUUCCCUUCUGGAAAUCGCGGCGCACAAUAGCAACUCCAAUUGCGGGAGGAUUAACAGGAAAAGAGGAAUCUUUGAUGAAUCUGAGUAUUCCAUGGAGCCCAACAAGUACCAAAGGGCUGUUCUUUGACUACCCCUUUCUCUCAGUUUCUCAAGAAACCGCCAUUAUCAUCACUUUCAAAGUUUAAUUUCCGCCAUUAAUGCCAAGAAGAAGGUUCAAAGAAAUGAAGUCAUCCAAGCUUGAUUGCAGUUUACGCCAUUUUGUACAGAAUCUUGAGAGCUUUUUGGUUUUCUAGGAAUCAACCCAGAAAAAGAAAAAACUAAUUUGACCACGAAAAAGAUUUCUGCACUGGGUUUUUGAGCUUUAAUGUGGUGGUGACUGGUGGUUUGUCGGCUUUGUAACUUUUUCUUAUCAGCAAAACCAUAGUUUAGACAGAGCCUUUGAAUGUAGGGGGGAGUAUUAUGAGUGUGAGUGGAGUUUUCUUUUCCUGCCCUACCAAUCAAUCCAAUACACCUCUGUCAAUUGUUCUGAAACUGAUGUAAAGAACAUUCAAAAGAACGAAAGAAAAAAUGGAGUAAGAGGCUUUUUGGGGUGCUGGUCAGAUGGUCUUUUUACGACUAUCAAAGCUCACUAAGGAAUCAAUCAAUUAAGGGUCAUCCU